AAUAAUAAAAUAUCAUGUUUACAAACAUUAAAAAAAUGUAAAACCUUGAAUUACAUGCAUAAUGCCUUUUGUUGAUAAUUAACUAAUAUUCAUACUGUUAAAAGUUAUAUUUAUUUAUUAUCAAUCCAUUUUAGAAUUUCUAUAUAUUGAUAACAAACAAGUUAAAAUUUUAUUUUGUGUUUGAAUUGGCAAAAACAUAACAAUGCCUUUCGAUAUUACUAACAAAGUAGCUUUGAUUUCGGGAGCAGCAUCAGGAAUAUGUUUAACAAUUGCGAAAGAAUUGUUACGAAACGGAUUAAGGGGCGUUACAAUUGCUGAUAUAAACAAAGAACUUGGAGAAAAGGCUUUGCAAGAAAUAAAAAAUGAAUUCGGAUCGAAUAAAGCUAUUUUUGUGCUCACCGAUGUGACAAGCAUGAAGAGUUUUGAAGAAGCAUUUCAGAAAACCGUAAACACUUUCAAGAAUCUAGAUAUUUUAGUCAACGGUGCAGGCAUUUUAAAUGAGUCUAUUUGGCAACAAGAAAUAGCAAUAAACAACGGAACAGUUCAUGGCAUACUCCUUGCUUUAGAGAAUUACAUCCUGAAACACAAAACUGAUUCUGAAGGAGUCAUCGUCAACAUUUCCUCAAUCGCCGGAGUUGCAAGUUUUCCCGCAUUUCCCAUCUACUCUGGAACCAAAUUUGCAAUUCUGGGCAUGACUAAAGCAUUUGGAGACGAAGCACAUUAUAAGAGAACCAAAAUUAGAGUCAUGGCUAUUUGUCCAGGUCCUACAGAUACGCCACUUCUUAGAGAAAUUUCAGGCCGCAAUCUAGGAGAACCUUAUGAAAAACUGCUACAAGAACUACUUUCAGGCAUACAUGGGCAGAAACCGGAAUCGGUCGCUAAAGGUUUGGUUCAAAUUGUGAGACAUGCGUCGUCUGGGGGUGCAUGGUGCGUGGAAGAUGACAAGGAACCAUAUGAGUUUUUGUGGCCCGAGAGAGAAAAUUUUGCACCAAAAUAAUAGCUAUAGACAUCGCUUAAAUUGUUCAUUAAAAAGUUAAAAACCGUAUAAAAGAUGUAAUUUUUGCGACUGUUUAAAAUUAUCAUGAAAAAAACUUUAA